AUGUUUAAUCACAUAGCACGUUACAGUAUGGCUGCCGUGGGGCCUCCAGGACAGCCCGCUGGCACACCACAGCCGCCAGCUGCCCCCUUCUAUGGCCAACCGGCACCGAUGUAUCCCAAUGGUCCCGCUCGCUUGCCUGCUGGAUAUCCCGGAGCCUAUCCUUAUCAUCCUGCUCAUCCUAGCGUUCCACCUGGGCAUCCAGGUGGACCACCUCCUCAGCAACCGCCGCAGUUUGCUCCAGCUCCCCAUCCGGCUGCUCAUCCUGCUCACCCGCAGCAUCAGCAAUACAUGCAGCAGCAGCAGCAGACCAGUUCAUACGCUUCCCUUCGGUAG